AUGGAACUACAACCUCUGCUGGCCUUUGCUUUGUUCAUACCCCUUUUGCUCUUCUUCAAGCUAGUCCUCGCCGUCGAUCCCUUUCCCUCUUCCCCUCUGUCGCCUCCGUCCCCAUCCCCAUCUCCAUCUCCGACAUUUGCACCUCGUAUGCUUCCCAACGAUCACGUCCCACACAUCGUCACCCCUUCGCCGCGCCGCCCUCCUCAAGCCAGCAACGGAAGCCAAGAACGAACGACCGCCGGACAAACUCUGGAAAUCGAUCAUCUCAACCUCGGCGAGAAGGUAGGGCUAUCUUUUCUUGCCGUCGCGGUUGGACUGCAAGUGGUUCUAGGUGUCUUCCUGGUUUGCACGCGAAUUCAAUUGAGAAAGAUGGAACGGGGGAAUUUGUCGAAGGCGGAGCCCUCGCAUCCUUCUUCUCCAUGA